AUCACCCCCGUCUGCUUUCCGGCUGCGCUCGCCUCUCUUUAUGCUCAAGAGGGAGGGCUAGAGCGGCCGGGGAAGGCGCCAAGAUGGCGGCGCUGUCAGCUCGGCGGGUCUCCCUCUUUCUCCGGGAUCGCCGCCUUCUCCUUUGCGCCCCGAGAUGUGGCUACCGUGGGGACGCGCCCUCGGACUCCGGGCGGGACAUGCUGGAGAUCCCGCUGCCACCCUGGCAGGCCCGACCCCAGGAGGAUCUCAGCACCAAGCGGGCCCGGCUCCUCUACGAGAGCCGCAAGAGGGGCAUGCUGGAGAACUGCCUCCUCCUCAGUCUUUUUGCUAAAGAGAAUCUGAAUCAAAUGAGUGAGAAACAGCUGGAUCUUUAUGAUCGUCUGAUUAAUGAGCCCAGCAAUGACUGGGAUAUCUACUACUGGGCAACAGAGGCAAAGCCUGCUCCAAAAGUCUUUGAGAAUGAAGUGAUGGAGAUGCUUAUAGAAUUUACCAAAAACAAAAACAGAGAGAAGAGAUUGCGACAGCCAGAUCUAGAAUACCUUGUUGAAAACACGCCCUGAUCUUGGGUGUUUUUCUCCAGAAGGACAGUUCUGGACUUCUUUGACACCAGGAACAUUAGUACUCGCACCUCUCUUAGUUCCCUGCCUCCUGUGGUUUGUUUUAUUUAGCAAUUGUUUCCCAUGCUUUGCUUCCUUAAUAAAAUUUCAGUGCUUUCUCUUAAAAAUUGGGAAUUCCUCUCUGCAGAAACAUUAUUGAUGAGGGAGUCUUGCUUUUGAUUUGUAUUUGCAGGUUGAUGAAUAUGAUCAGAUUCAUUUAGAAGUGCUUGCAUUAUUAAAAUUACAGUUGGCCCUCCAGAUUUGUGAGCGUAACUUUUCCGGAUUUUAUUAUUCAUGGAUUUGAUUAAUAUAUUAUAUCUGUGAAUCUCUAGGUCCUCCAGCACAUUCUGUGAAUUACUUGUAGCAUGCUAGAAGACUUAGAGAUUCGUUGAGAGGUGUUCUGUCAGGUAAAAUAGCCUUUUUAAUAAUUCAAAGUUUUCCCAUCUUAAUGGGGGUCCUGUGCCCCUAACCCUAGCAGAUGUGGACAGCCCACUUACAGCAUACCAAAUUCAAGUUUUCCUUGGGUAAUAUUUUAUCAAGAAGAUGUUGUCCGAAAAGGUAGCAACAAAUGAGAAUUAUGUGUUUCUGGAAGUCUGUGUGAAUCUUGCUAGUGUAAAUGUAUUCUAAAUGAUGAGACAUUAUUUGUUCAUUUAAGAGGAGACCUAGGUCCUCUAGCUUUUAAGUAGCUUUAAGAAUGUCAGGCCAUAUUGAAGGAAGGUGUUUUGAGUAUUUCUCAAUAUGACUCUCUUCAAUAACUUAUCUCCUAAUUAUAUUCUAAACCGGUUUCUGUUGUAUAUUAUUUAUGUCAUACAACAAUGAUAUAAUAUUGCUUGGGAUAAGCUGCAGUGAACUCUUUGCAAUUCUUUCGCAAAAUAGUCACAUGAUACCAGGUUCUUGAAUAAUAAAUUAUUCCAUUUCACCCAAUUUCCUUCCCAUUUCUUUCUCUCUUGGCUUAGCUCUUUUUCCCUUCUUUUUAUUAUGUUUUUCCCCCAUCCAUUCUUCAAUGGGUCUUGUCACACCCUUUGGGAGGUUUACCAAAUUUGAACAAAAAGGUAAAGCUACCAAAAUGUAUGGCCUGCUCUCGAUAGGACAUGUGGUGGUCCAUGCAUUUGUUACAUCUCGAAUAGACUACUGCAACACACUCCACAUUGGCCUGUUUCUGAAAACUGUUCCAAAUAGUCCAACGGGUAGCAGCCAGAUUUCUUACUGGAGUGGCGUACAGGGAGCGUACAACCCCUGUUACGUCAGCUCCACUGGAUGCCAAUUUGUUACUGGGCUCAAUUUAAAGUGCUGGCUUUGGCCUAUAAAGCCCUAAACGGUUCUGGUCCAACUUACCUGUCCGAACGCAUCUCCCUUUAUGAGCCAACAAGAGCUUUAAUAUCAGCUGGGGAGGCCCUGCUCUUGGCCCCACCUUCUUCUCAACUGUGACUGGUGGGGACGAGAGACAGGGCCUUCUCAGUGGUGGCCCUUGGGCUGUGGAAAUCCCUCCCUAGUGACAUCAGGCAGGCCCCAUCCCUCCUGGUCUUUAGAAAAAAGCUUAAGACCUGGCUCUGCAUGCAGGCAUUUGGUGAAUAAGAUAUUAUGGAAUUAGACUUCAACAGCCUGAACAAUGACUAUGGAUUUUGGAAAAUGACUGGAUAGGUUUGAGAUCAAGACACUGCACUUUAUAUGGUUUAUAUAUGGUUUUAAUCUGUUUUAUUGUUUAUGUGUUCUAAUUGUUCAUAUGUUUUAACUGUUUUAUAAUUUGAUGGGGUGUGUUUUAUUGUUAUGACCACGCAGCAUUUAAUUUUGCCGGAGUUUGUAAGCUGCUUGGGUCUCCUGCGGGGUGAGAAAGGUGAGAUAAAAAUGAAGUAAAUAAAUAAAUAAAUUUCUGAUAAACCUUU